UUUUCAGUUACGUUUUGCGUGUAGUCACAGACUGACGUUUGUUGAUGGCGACUAUUUUUAUGUAUCUAAAUUAUUUUUAAUAAAAAAUAUUAAAAAUAAAUUAUUUAAUGAUCAACUUUAAAAAUUAUUGAUUUGUUUAAUAUAACAGUGAUUUUCAAUGUUUAAGACACCUUAUAUGGAAAAAUCUGUGGAUAAUAAUACAACUACUACUACCACUACUACAACUACAACGUUGAAGUCGAAAAAAUUUCCUACCAUGUUUAAGAAAAUGAUGCUUUCAAGGCUAAAGAACAUUUCGAAGGAUGCGACUUCGGCGGUGAAGUCGUCCGUUCAGAAAAAGAAGAAGUCGACCGCACCAAUGGGAACCGGUGAACAGGAGCAACAGGCCGCUGGCGAGGAGCCGAGGCGACCAGCGGGCGCGGCCGCGUCGGACGAACCGCCGCAACCGCCCCCGUUGCAGGACGGACGGACGGAGAGCGGGGCGACGGGACCGCGGCCGCCGACCUGCAGGCGCCGCCCGGCCGCCCAACAGCAGCAGCAGCAUUUCAACAGCCGGACGUACCGGGUCAAGACCAAGGACCGGAAGAGCGUGCUGAGCCUGCCGGAGGUGUCCAAGCAGACGCCGAGGAUCAGAAGGAGCCAUUUGCCGGUCAAGGUGAAACCGAUGGCGCCGACGCCGCCGGUCCGGCAACGCGUUCAAAAGCCGUCGCCGCCGGUCGACAGCGACCGGGGGGGAACCGACGGCGAGGGGAAAACGCCGUCGGCCGAUCCGGCGCCCGGGGAAUAUCGGCCGGAAAACUGGGUGCCGACGGCCGUGGCUUCGGCGAGGAAGAAGAGGCUUGUGCUGUGCUAUCUGUGCGGCAAAGAAUUCGGUACCGCUUCGUUGCCGUUCCACGAACCCCAGUGCCUCAAGAAAUGGACUCUAGAAAAUUCUCGAUUGCCAGAACAUUUACAAAGAACUCUGCCGCAAAAACCAGAAACCCAAAAUAUAUCUAUUGAUGACUGGAAUCAGUUGGCAUGGGAAGCCACUCAGUCGAAUUUGGUGCCAUGUGAUUAUUGUCAACGGAAGUUCCUAGCAAACAGACUCGAAGCCCACACCCGAGUUUGUAUCGAAUCCAAGAAAAAAAUCGUACCGGUCCGGAAACCGGUGCCCGUCGUCAAACCGACCAUGGACGGACCGAAAAAGAAGCUGGCCACGUGUUACGUGUGCGGACGGCUGUUCGGCACCGCGUCCGUGGGCAUACACGAACCGCAGUGCUUGGUCAAGUGGACCCGGGAGAACGACGGCUUGCCGCCGCAUCUCCGGAGACCGGUGCCCACCAGACCGGAAGUGAUCGUAGACGAAGUGACGGGCAAAGUGGACCACGAAGCCACCAGAGAAGAACACUGGAAGUCGUAUUUGUCGCAGCUCGUGCCGUGCGAUCUGUGCAAACGGACGUUCGACCCGGACCGGUUGGAAGUGCACCAGAGGAGUUGCAAAGGAAUGACGAACAAAUGAGAAGCGAUGAGCGGUAGAACGAACGGACCUUGCUUAAUGUGUACCUAUUAUUAGUUUUCUCAAUUUAUUAUUAAAACAUUCGACACACGUCAAACGUGUUAGGUACACCUACGAGGAGAUCCGUUAACGAUUAAUAAUCCUCGCCUAACCUGACGUACCCGUAACGAUAUCGUAAUGUAAUCGCAUAGAUAUAUAUAAUAUUGUGUAAUAAAUAUAGUUUUAUGCAUAUAAAUACUGUA